UACCUAUAUGAAUAACCUAAUAUGGAUGCAAAUACCUGCAAUUUAGAGCUGAUAAUUUGCAUGUUAACCUAAAUUUCAUUUCAGAAGAAAUGUGCUGGAGUACAGAGUUGAGACAACAAAAAAUAUUAUUGUCCAAAUACUUGCACUGUAUUUUCACGGUAUGCAUAACAGUCCACAAUUAUGAGUGACACAGCCCCCCAGAAGCCUCAGCAGGACCAGUCCUCAGGAAGUGGUCUCACUGCGGUAUCCCGACACCCGUGCAUCUCCGACCCCAUCGCCUCCAAGCGCGUCUGCUUCUACAAGAGCGGGGACCCCCAGUUCAGCGGGCUUAGGCUGGUCAUCAACAGCCGUACCUUCAAGACCUUUGACGCCCUACUGGACAGCCUGUCAAAGAAAGUCCCGCUGCCUUUUGGAGUGAGGAACAUCACCACCCCGAGAGGGGUGCACGCGGUCAAGACCCUGGAGGAGCUGCGGGAUGGACAGUCCUACAUCUGCUCUGACCAGAAGAAGGUCAAACCAAUCAACCUGGAGAUGGCCAGGAAGAAGCUGCCGCCGUGGUACAGUGCCCGGCCAGUCAGCGCCCGCCGGAGGGCCAUUCAGCUGGCGCGGCAGAACAUGGUCCGGUCUGCCAGGCGGGAAAACCCACUGGGGGUGUGGACACCCAAGAGGCUAGUGGUCUUCAGGAACGGAGACCCCAGCAUGAAGCACACCGUCCUGCUGCAGAGGAAAACCACGCAGACCUUUGAGGCUCUGUUGGAUUACAUGUGUGAGAUCAUGCAGUUCCCAGUGGUGAAGCUAUACACUGCAGAUGGGAGAAGGGUGGAUGGUCUUCCAGCACUGAUUCUAUGUUCAGGAGCAGUUGUUGCUGCAGGCCGUGAACCCUUCAAGUCAGGCAACUAUGAUCUUCUGAAACCCUCCCUGCCCACACGGCUUCCUGCAACAUCCAGUCGUGUCAUUCCAAAUAGGCUACAGCCAAAGACUCGCAAAAAGAAAUCACGAUCCAGUAGCUCAAAGUCCAGGAAUUUCUCUUUGUCGUCUGAGAAGUACUUUGUGAAUCAGAUCCAGAACUCCAUCACGGGAAGUGUGUAUGAUCUCCCCAGUAACCUCACUGGUUCGGUGGAGAUGGACCCAAACACCACACUGGGAUCUGUGGAGGCGGAGACUUGCACCUGUGCAGGAGAUUUGGGGGAGGAACACCACCUUGUGCCUCCCGAUGAUGAUAUAGAAAAGUCCUUCCGGGUCAACCAAGAUGGCAGCAUGACUGUGGAGAUGAAGGUACGACUGACAAUAAAGGAGGAAGAGACAGUACACUGGAGUACCACGUUAACAAGGUCCAGUGUUGCCAAUCAGCUCAACAUGGCUUGCCUCACACAGCCAGAGCAGGACAGUUGCACACCGGAUUCAAGCACUGUGCCAUCUAAAGACAAUGAUGGGCUAGAUCCUGAUGGAUAUGAAUCGAAGGAUGAGAACAAUAUCCUACCAAAUGAAAACGGGCCUAUUUGUGAAGAGGAAGAGGAUGAAACAUAUGGUGCAGGAUCUGAGGCAUGGCAGCCCACUUCUAGGAGGGCACCAACCCCUGGGCCAAGAAGCAUUAGAAAGAAACAGGCCUCAGUGGAAAGCAUCAAAAUGGAAACUGAAACAGGAAUACAGGAAAAUGUAGUUGGGACAUACUCCUACACAGAAGAGACUGUUGAAGGCAAAGUUACGGAGGAGUGCUGCAUAGUAAGACAAUGCAACAGCAAGCCAAUUCCCAAACCCAGGAAUUUGGGGUCCAUGGAAAUCAAUAAUAACAAACUGCAAUCCACCAUUGAUCCAUCAGGAGUAUCGAAAAUCCUACAGAUGCGAGAACAUGAAGAGGAAAUUACAGAAACAGUGCUGCACAUAUAUGAGCAACAGAGCUGUCAUGACAAUUUCUUUGCCAAUACACAAUUCCGUGUUCGGAGCCAGUGUGAAUCAGUGCAUGGGAGACCUGCGUCUACCGACACAGGCCUUUAUUCUGCCAGCAAUGACUUUGAACUGGACCUAAGGAGACCAUUCACAGCUUCAGAAUCUCUGAGUGGCAGAAGGGCUGAGACCUUGUCCUUAUCGUCAGAGCCCAGGGUCGCAGCUUGCAAGAACAGAACUGAUCUCCCCACUGACUAUGACAUUCAAACUGUUGCUAAUUCAGAAAGAGAAUGUGCAGGGUCAGAUUAUGGAAAGGGCAAAGACAGCACAAUGAGUCAAAACUUUGAUAAAGUCAUGAGGAAGCCUAUAAGGCCAAAAGAAAAACAAAGCUUUCACUCAAGCUUGAGCCCAUACAAAAAGAAGCAAAAGGAGCGCAACAGAGACACACUUAACAAAAGCAAGAAAGAGAAAACAGACAUUUCGAGCCCUACAGACUCUGAGAAACAAGCUGAAAAGAGUAGCCAACAAAAGCCAGGUAAAAGAAAAAAGAAAAGAAAAGGGAAUAGGGGUGGAAGUGGUUCAAUUAAAAACUCAAAAUUGCCUGAAAGCAUGUUUUCAUUGAACACCGAACAUUCAAAUAGCUUAUCAUCUGAGAAGGGACUGAGUCAAAUUGAAGAGAAAUCUGUCAGAGAUCAGCCAGUCAAUAAGGCAUUGAAUCCAGAAGACUUGCCCCUGAGGAAAAAGGUACUUGAUCUCUUGCCUCCUAUUGAGUCAACCCACAUCAAACAGGUACUGACAAAGCAGAAAUCAAUGAAUGAAGACAGGAGUGAUGCACAGGAAUUGAAGGAGUUAAGUGAAAGUGUUUCAUUGCCGGCACCACAUUCACCCCCCUCUGUUGUCAAUGAAUAUGUAGAACACUGGCUGAAAAAAUUUCACCCACAACCAACAGCAUACAUGGAAGGCAUAAACUCUACUAAGGUUAACAUGGAAGCAAGGGUGGUCUUUCAGAUAAGAAACGAGGAACAGGCUUUUCCUGAGGAAAACAAAACAAUGCAUGAGGCACGCAGGCCUAAUACAGAGGAGUAUUAUGACAGUAAUGUCACAGAGAGAUUGAUAGAUGGUGAUCCCACCAUAGAGAAAGGUGAAAUGGCAUCAGAUGACAGCUCAGGUGAAAAGCAAAGACAUUGCAUUUCCACUGAAAGUGUAAACAUGAAACCAGGACUCACUCUCUUUACUCACAGAUCAACAGAGUACCUGGACAUAAGACACAUGCUAGAAAAACUGAGUUUAUCAAUUCAAGAAAUCAGACAGAUUUCAGAACAUAGACAACCUUCUUGUAUGGAGAAGUCACACAGCUUACCAGACUUUACAUCCUAUGUGGCUUCUACAUUUGGUUCAUCCCCCCAGGCACUCCUUGCAUUUUUAUCAGUUAUGACUUUAAAGGAAGGAAUCUCAAACACAAAAACUAACGAACCACUAGCUAACAAUACAUCAUGCACUGAGGCUUUGAAAAUGAUGGAAUCUUUGAAGAAAAUAUCCAGCAUUGAAGAUGCAGAUGAGCUGAAGGCUAGCCUUUCAGAUUUGCAAAAGUCUACAUCCUCACAGUUGUUGCAGAACUGGAAGAGUUUUCAGGAACUCAGUGACAAGGCUCAAAAUCACAGGCUAUCAUCCAACUUUGAACAUGAGUUAUCAUUUGAAACAUGCCAAGACCAAAGCUAUAGAAAUGAGGAACAUCCCUUUGAUAUUCAGGAAUUAGUGGAGGAACUUAGCACAAAUACCAAACUCCAAGAAGAGUUGUCGACCCUUGUCAAUAGAAAGACAAGUGAUGUAAACAUGAGUGAAGUCCCUAUGGAGAACUCUGAAAUUAAUGACACUGCAGAAUCUUACCCUGGGGAGAGAGUAAAUCAUCUUAAAGAAUCAGGUGUAGAAGAAGAGACAAUCAACUUCAUAGAAUCAAACUUUGAACAGGAAGUGGGAGAUUAUGUUAAAUCAAUCAUUCAAAAUGUCACAAGUGCACUCAUAGUGGACACUGGAAGCACUGUUAGAGUUGGUACUAAAAAAGCUGAUUUUUCAGCUUUACAACAGGCAGAGAUCAGCAAAGAGCCAGAAGGCUGUACAGAAGAGCCAGUUGACCAAGAAAAAAAGCAGGAGGGCCAUGAAGAAGAGCACAAUAUUUAUGAAGAAGGAACAGAUAGAUAUGCAGAACAACCACUCUGCUAUGAUGAAAAACAGGGCAAUUUCAUAGAACACUCAGCUAUCUGUCAAGGGGAGGAGCUUAUCCAUGAAAAUGGGCAGUGGACUUGUGAGGUAGAGCAGGGAAGCUAUGUAGAAGAAGAGGUUUGUUGUGCCGAACAAAGUGGUUGUGUAGAAGAGCAAGCUGAAGACCCAGAAAAGCAGAAGAGUAAUGAAAAAGAGAGGGCCAGCUAUGUGGAAGAGCAAGUAAGCUAUGAUGCAGAAGAGGCUAGCUAUGUAGAACAGACUGGUUUUGUAGAAGAACAGAAAAAUGAUACAGGCAAUAAGUGUAGCCAUGAAGAGCAGCUGGCUAUCCAGGCACACUGUUUAGAUAAGCAAUGUAUCUAUGAGGAGGAGCAGGGUUAUUGCCAGGAGGAUCAGGGGAGAAGCGUAAAAGAGCAAGAAAGCAAAACAGAAUGGCCAUCCAGCCAGGAUGAACAGCAAUUAAGUCCUGAUGAAGAACAGAACUGCCAUGAAAAUGACCACAAUAGUUGUGUAGAAGAACUGGCAAAACACUUUAACUAUGAAGAAGAACAGAAUAGCUAUGUGAAUAAACACAUUAGUUAUGAAAAAAAUGAAUCUACAUAUAAAGAGGAGAAAGCUGCUUGUAUAGGAGAACAAGAGAGUUUUACUGAACAAUGUCCAACCUAUGUAGAAAAACAGUCAAGUUAUGAAGACAAGCAAGACAGCAAAGAUGAACAACAGGCUAUGCACGAUGAGGAGCAGGUCAGGCACAUGGAAGAACAUUUCUGCUAUGUAGAAGAAAAUCAACCUAAUUGUGAAGAAGAGCAGGUUAAUGAAAGCACCCCACACAUGCAUACAACUCACAGCACAGAAGGUUCCAAUCAGCUCAACCUUGUCACUGAAGAAGCCAUAGUGGAAGACGAGUGUGUCUGGAAUAAUGUUUCCCAGUCUGUGAAAAUACUUGAGGAGUUAAACAACUCUCUGCACCCUGCUCCAUCCGCCUCCUCUUUAGCUUUUAGUUAUGACUCUAAGGGCAGCUUAAAGAGAGAAUUUGAAGGAACAAGGGUCAAGUCAAUUAGGGACCUGUUUUUAGCCAGAAGUAAUGUGGACUUCCAGUACGGCCACAAACAGCUACCUAGCCCAAAUACAUCAGACCUGUCUGACUACAGACCAGAAACAUCUGACAGCGGGGGGUACAGAUCCCAGGCAUCACUGGACACCUCUACAGAAAGUGGAGAGGAUGAAAGUGGACGACGGUCUAUUGCCAAAGGCUACGUGAGAAGAACCAUCGAGAGGCUGUAUGGGAGGAAUGACACUGCAGGCAAGCGACCUCCUUCUGGAGCAAAAGCCAAGAGAGAAAACAGACCAGGAAGCAACAGUGUUGGCAGCCUCACUGCUUUCCAUGAAGCAAAGGCCAAAGUGAUCACAGAUCUGUCCUACUUUAAUGCCACAAGCUUGUACACCACAUGUAACGAGCCGACUCAAUGCAUUGCCUUGAAAACUAAUGUGGACACAAAGGAAGGAGUUUUGAUUGACAAGGGCAGAUGGCUCCUCAAAGAGAACCAUCUGAUCAGAAAAUCCCCACCAGAGGACUCGGCAAUGCAAGAGAAUGGGGAUAGCAUGUCAGUGGAAACUGGGCCAGGCUAUGCAAGUGAUGCCGCUCCUUACUCGCACUUUGGGAGUCACAACCCUCCUCUCGCGGUCAUAUCAUCCCCAGAGUUGGAGGACCCAGGGAAAACAGCAGUGCCCAACUGCACCUACUUCAGCCUUCCCCAUGGCAGCGACUCAGAGCUUUUCCAGGAUGACCUGAACGUUAAAACAAAGAGCAGCACUAAAGCAGCGAAGAAAGACUUUCAGCUUUCCCCAGCUACUGAGGAACCCAAAGUGUGCAUAGAAAAAAAUGGCAGCCUCCCAUCUUUCGCAUCUGUGGAGUUCAAGAAAACAGGCAACAAAGUGCAUCCACAAUCGGGGGCACCUGUGGUGGUAACUCAGCCUACCAGAGCACAGGGUGCCACUAACAGCAGAGCAGUCCAGGAGCAGGACCCUCUGGAGAUGCUGUACUUAAUGUGUGGUCAGCACUGUCCCAUACUGUGACCUUUCAAUUCACCAUUUCCAGUAGACCCUCCAGCAAAACUGCUGGUCCUUUUUAUGCUACUGUAGCAUGUUUCACUGAAUGUGAUAUGUCUGUAGCAUACUGUAUAUGAUAUGCCUAUGUCAAUGGUGAAUUUACUUCUAAUGAGAAGUACUUUAGUGCCUGUUAAUUAAUGUUAGUUCGCUCAUUACAAAUAGAUGUCUCUAAUUAUUUGGGUACUUCCAUUAAUUUGUUUGUAAUCCAUAAUAUGAUCAUUCUAUUAGUAAAUUACUUUUUAGAUGCCCUUCCUAUGUUCUGUACAGAACAGAACUUGUUUUUUUCUUAAUUUGUUUUUCUUUAAAUCUGAAUAUGGUUUUUUAAAUGGUUUGGAAUGGUUUCAAAUUGAUUGAAAGAUUAUUUUUAAAUAAAUCAAUUAUUGUAUUAUAUACAUUAUCUUUAGCGUCUAACUCCUGAGAACUCUCAACUCAGUCCAAAAUUUGAGACAAUUUUUUCAAAUCAUCCUUCUUUAAUUCCUUUUGUCCUGAAGAAAUUUAUUCAAUUUGAGAUUUGCAAUUAAAUUUUGUUGUUAUUUUAUACUUUUGCCAAUUGCAGUGGCAUGUACAAGAAUGUUAUGCAUAUAAAAAUAUUUGUAAAAAUUUGUUUUUGCAGCAUGAAUGUGCAAUUAUUAACUAAUUACAUUGUGUAAAUAUGUCAUGAAAGGGAAUGAUUUCAAAAUAGUCUUCAUCACUUAAACUUGCAUACAUGUACAUUCUGAAACCUGAGUCACAAGAAGAACAAAUUAUUUCUCGUAAUUUCUAGAAAACUAGAACUUCAUGUUUGGAGUGUCAUCACAAUAAUUUGUAUAAUUUUACAUAUGUGGAUGUGGAGUCAUGUUAAUUUUGAAAACUGGGUUAUGAAUAGAAUACUAUAUGGUUUUUUUUGUUAAUUCCCGAUUUACAUAUAUCAUUCAUAGCUUUUUUUAAGCACUGAGAAAAUUAUGCCUCACAAUGAAAAAAAAGAUGUUCUUUUUACUGUCUAGAUCAAGUAGUAAAAGUAAAGGUCAGAACUCAUUUUAAGUGGAAUCAUUUUGAGGUUAAUGUAAUAAUAGCAUGCAUGUGCAGGUAUACAGAAAAGCAGUUUAAUCACAAUGAUAUUUAAACUGGAAGGAUACAUACAGGUAGUUUUUGUACAACUGACUGUGAAAGUAACACAAGUAAUAACUUCAUUAAAUUCUCAAUAAAUGUAUAUUUCAAAGACUA